ACAACUGUCUGUAAUGAGAGAAGAAAUGAGAGAGCUAAGAGAAGACAGAAGGAAAACAAGUGAAAAUGGAAAACAACUGUCAGCUCUGAAGGAGCAACUGACACAGACAGAAGAAGAACGGCAACGUUUAGAGCAGACUCCUCCUCCAACAACUACAUCCAUCAACCCUCCUCCACCUGACUCCUACAGUCCAACACAGCCCCAGAUCAUACUCCUGAUGGACUCCAAUGGCAAAUUUGUUGAUGAAAAGAAACUGUUCCCGAGAAGAAAUAUAAAAAAAAUAUGGUGCCCAAACACACAGAAGGCCCUGGAGCUCUUGUGUGAAGAGCAGCUGGGUUCCCCCAGCCAUAUUAUCAUCCACACCGGCACCAACGACCUGAGAGCUCAACAAGAGAGAGUAGCUACAGCUCUCGUUAAUGUAGCAGAGAAAGCAUCCUCCAACUUCCCCAACUCCAGAAUCAUCCUCUCCACCCUGCUGCUGCGCUCGGAUUUCCACCCAGACACCAUCAGGCAUAUAAACGCAAGAGUGUCUAGAGACUGUGCCCUAAAGCCCAAUGUUUACCUGGCUCAACACCCCACCCUCAAUCUCAACAGCCUUUACGACCAUGUCCAUCUCCACAGAAGGGCAGUUCCCAUCUUUGCCAAGACCCUAAAGGACAUGGCACUGAGCCGCAGCUCCAGCGCACUGCAGCGACCUCAUGGACACCCCAUAGAGCCACUACAGAGACACCCUUCAAAUCAGCACCCCCUCCACCGGAGGACCCCCACGGCAGGCUCACACCGCAUCACCAGGCCUGCAGCUCCUUCACAUCAGCAGGAGCAGCACCCAGACAGCCAGAGCUACGCCGAAGCAGCCAGCAGAUCACUGAUAAACCCCAGCACCAACACAGACCAGAAAUGUAUGCGUGUACAUAUGUAUCUACACGUGUAUUUUUAAUGUAGCCCACA